GCGAGGAGGGGACCGGGACAUUGUCACCCCGCGGGGAGAGCGGUGGGGGCACUGUCACAGUGCACAGUUCCGGAAGCCUGACCCGCCCCAGCCCGCUCGGGGGGCAGGAGGGGUCCCCCUGCUCCAGGGGGAUCUGAGGAAGUCCCCUCGGGGCUGCUCUCCAGGCUGGAGUGGGGCCAGGAUCAAGGUGGAGUCUGAGGAGGGGCUGUCACCUGUCCUCACUCUGGGACCGGAAGCCACAGUGUCACAGUGAGCUGGCCAAGUGACGCAGGGCCAGGAGGCUUUGGGGACAGCGGUGCUUUGGGACUGGGACCCCUUGGGGACACAGCCCCUCGGAGGGGGUGGCUGGGCUGGCCCCGGAGGGGGGAUGUGGCAGCUCGGGGUCCUCAUCCCCCUCCUUGGAGCGGGUGCCCUGCAGGUGACCCAGGAGCCGGGCGAGCUGCAGGUGACCGCGGGUGACACGGUGACCCUGGAGUGCCGGGUGGCCCUGGAGGUGGCCGAGGGCGAGGCCCUGCUGCGGAUGGAGUGGCUGAGGGACGGGGGGCUCGGGGUGCUCUGUGUCACCCGCCUGAUCUUCGGCAUCCCCCUGCCCCCGUUCCCGUGUCCCCGCCGGGCCCCGGGGGCACAGCUGGCCUGGCACCCCCCCCGGGCCACCCUCAGCCUCCCGCAGGUGCAGAGGAACGACAGCGGGCACUACCUCUGCCGGGUGACCCUCGAGAUCCCGCGGCACGACACCGCCACCGGCAACGGCACCGAGCUCCGCGUCACCCCCGCAGCUCUCGGAGGACAUCGGACAGCGCUGCGCUGGGCACUCCUGGGGGGCCUGGGCAGCCUGGGGGGCACCGCCCUUCUCCUGGGGAUGGCCCUGCUCGUCCCCCGCUGCUGUCACAGGAGCCCAGGCGCUGUGCACCCCGACUCGGCCAUCUACCUGAACGUGGGGUCCCCCUGGGCGCGGGGCCCCGCGAAGCCGCCGCCCCCCGCGCCGGAGAUCAGCCCGUACGAGCGGGAGCCGCGGCGGGCACGGGGCCCGCCCCUGCCCCCCCGGCCCUGAGGGUGCCCGCGGCGCCUCA